AUGGUUUCUAUGGAAACAGUUCAACCGGCAGUCAAUAAAUCCACCACCAUGGAUCAACCGACAUCAAGCCCUAGAAUCUCAUUCUCCUCCGAAUUCCUCGACGAGAACAACUUCAUCUCCAUCAGCCCCAACCACCGCCCCCGUGAAAUCCAAAACCAGAAACCUCCCCUAUCCCCAUCGCCGAUUCGAACCGCUGCGGAUCUCCAAUUCGAGUUCCUCUCCAACACCGGGCCGGCGGCGGCGGCGGGGCACGCCAAGAUGCUGACCGCCGACGAGCUCUUCUUCGAAGGGAAGCUCCUCCCGUUCUGGCAAAUGCAGCAAUCGGAGCGGCUCCACAAAAUCGGCCGGUUCAUGAAGGAAGUGCAAGUCGCCGAGGCCAGAGCCUUCUACGGGUUCCAGAUCGCGAUCGAGAACAUCUGUCACUUCCCCUGCCGCUUACCACUCUCCCGCCUUCUCCGUUCUUCCGCCACCGUCACUUCCGUCUGCCGCUACCGUCGCGAACUCCAUCUAUCUCUUCUCUUUGUGGCCGUUGCUGCUGUCGCUGGUUGUCGUGAAGCUCUGGACGGAGAAAGAAUGGCGGAAUUAUUUUGGUCGGUGCAAGGAGAUCCAACCCCUGUGUACUUGAUAUUCGCCGGCGCCGGAGUAGGGUUUCUCCGCCGGAGGAGAGUUGGAAUUUGGGAAUCUCAUAGACUGCAGUCGGACUCGGAGGAGAACGCCAGCGUGGAGAAGGAGAACAGAGCGGAGGGGAAUUGGAUUUUGGGAUCUGAUUAA